AAUCCGUUGCAUCUAUCCGAGGACGGGGAGGGGCGUGACCGCUUGCGGCAGGCUCCCCUGACCUAAUAGCCCACGAGCGAUCAUCAUCAGAGCAGCUCGCGAAACAAGAAUUUAACCGGUUAGCACGUGACUCCACUCACGUUACAGCUGUUUAAAAUCCUGCUGACUGGACAGACGCCUCUUGUCUUUCCCGGCGCGGUUCUGGACUCGGCAAGGCGACACCGGCCGGCUUGUGGACCGUCCUUUUACGCUACUGCGGAGUGAAGCUCGUGACGUCAGCAGUAGUGGAGCUGUUCCUCGGGAGGAGGGAUGGGGAGAUAUCUUUGAGGUGAAAAAUGCUUUGAGGACUGGAGGUGGAACGCGUGCGGGGGGAGUGAUCAAACGCAGCUCCGGACCUUGACCAGUCGCGGUGAGCGUCAGUCCGAACGCGGCGGCGGCGUGCGCGAGAACGAGGAGGCCGGAUUUACUGACGCGUGUUUGGGCUGCGCCGAGGCGGCGAUGGUCGCCGGGUGCGUGAAGGUCGCCGUUCGUUCGCCGUCCCGGGUCACCCCUACCGCCCCCCGCCCGUCAGGUUUGGAGAUGAGAGGGGCCGGCCGGCGCGCGGGCAGCGGGCGGCGCAGAGUGGCGUGAUCGGCACCGCGGCCGGGAAUGGCGUCCCUGGACCGGCCGUACCGCUGCCCCCGCUGCGGGGAGCGGAAGCGCUUCCACAGCCUGUCCUCCUUGCGCGCGCACCUGGAGCACUGCCACUCCUACGAGACGCUGUACGUGCUGUCCAAACCUGCCACCGCAGGCGACCGCGCCCUCGUCCCCCUGCUGAGCUCCGCCCCCCUCCCCCUGAUCGGCCCCGCCCCCCUCCCCCUGAUCAGCUCCGCCCCCCUCCCCCUGAUCAGCUCCGCCCCCCUCCCCCUGAUCGGCCCCGCCCCCCUCCCCCUGCAGGACGUCCUGGAGCGCGCCGCCCUCGCCGCCAGGGGGCGCCAUGUGCCCUGUGAGCUGCAGGGCGCCCGCGAACUGGGCCUGGGCCUGGGGGGCGCCGGCUGCCCCCCCCUCACUCGCCUGGAGUUCCCCCUCGCCGACAUCUUUGCGAAGAAUGACGACGCCACGGCAAUCACCACCGCCGCCGCCUCGCCCAGCACCGCCGUCGCCGUGGCGACGGGCGCGGCCUACGAGGAGGGGCUGGCUCGCCUGCGGGCGCGGGCCUGGGAGGAGCGGCUGGAGGAGCGGCUGGAGCGGCUCUCGGAGGAGGUGGAGCGGAGGAUCGCGGCGCGGGUGGGCCGCCUGCAGGCCGAGCUGGAGGAGAGGAGCGUCGAGCUGGAGGAGGCGCGGCGGGAGGGCCUGCGCCUCGGCCAGGAGAAGCUCGAGCUGGAGGUGAAGGCCUCGGAGCUCUCGCGCCAGGUGGACGUCUCCGUGGAGAUGCUGGCCGCCCUCAAACAGGACCUGGAAACCAAGGAGCAGGAGCUGACCAACAGGCAGCAGGAGGUGUCUCAGAUAGACCAGUUCCUGCAGGAGACGGCGGCGCGGGAGGCUAACGCUAAGCUGCGGCUGCAGCAGUUCAUCGAGGAGCUGCUGGACCGGGCCGACCGGGCGGAGAAGCAGCUCCAGACCAUCAGCAGCUGCGGGACCACGCCCAACGGCAGCCUGGGUCACUGCAGCGGCUCCGGGUCCGUGGGCACCAGCGACCCGAGAAACUCCAGUGGUUCGGGGGGAUCCAGAGGAGUGUACCGUGUGUCAGAUCGAAGGUCGUCGCCUAACAGUGGGGUGUUUAGCCGGAUGCAGUCCCAGGGCUCCGGGGCGUACGACAGCGACGGGGCGGACGUGUUCCCGCUGGAGGAGCGUGCGGAGGCGCAGUACUACCGCGUGCAGUGCACUCUGGGAGAGUGCGGCUACGAGCGGGCCGCCAUCACGCGCAGCUGGGGCCUCCGCAAGCAGGCCAUCCAGAACCGGCAGCGCCGCCCCCGACGGAUCAGCGCCGAGGGGGGCGGCGAGGAGGAGGGGGGGGGCGAGGAGGAGGAGGGGGGCGAGGAGGAGGGGGGCGAGUCCGACCCGGGCUCCCGCACCGCCGAGUCCGAGGUGGACGUUUGGGACCCGGACCCGCGGGCCCCCCCGGACACCCCCCCGCACUCGCCCUCCUGCAGGGCGGGGCCUCGCCAGGGCUCAGGAGACCUGUGGAGCCCUGAUACGUGCAAUGGCAGCAGAGCGUGCGGGUUCGCGUCCGCUGCUCCACCGGUGACGUGUCCUCUGCUGCCCUCUGCAGGCCCCUACAAGCCCUGCAGGCGUGAGCGGGGCAGCCCCGCCCGGUGGAACGCGGUGAUCAGCCCGGAGGUACUGAAGACGCGGGCCGCCCUCUUCUGCGUCUUCACCUACCUGGACGCGCGGGCGCUGCUGCGCGCGGCGGAGGUGUGCCGGGACUGGAGGUUCGUGGCGCGCCACCCCGCCGUCUGGACCCGCGUGCUGCUGGAGAACGGGCGCGUCUCCUCCAAGUUCUUAAUCACGCUGUCUCAGUGGUGCACACAGACCCACUCGCUCAUCCUGCAGAACCUCAAACCCCGGCAGAGGGGGAAGAAGGAGUCCAAGGAGGAGUACCUGAAGAGCACUCGUGGGUGUCUGGAGGAGGGCUUGGAGGCCAUUUUGAAGGCCACAGAUGGGAAUCUGCUCAUCCUGAAGGUGUCGCACUGUCCCAACAUCCUGACUGACCGCUCGCUGUGGCUGGCUAGCUGCUACUGCCGAACCCUGCAGGCCGUCACGUACCGGAGCGCCACAGACCCUGUUGGACAGGAAGUGAUCUGGGCUCUGGGAGCUGGCUGCAGAGACAUCAUCUCUCUGCAGGUGGCGCCACUGCACCCAUGCCAGCAGCCAACCCGCUUCAGUAACCGCUGCCUGCAGACGAUUGGCCGGUGCUGGCCACACCUCCGCGCGCUGGGAGUGGGCGGGCCCGGCUGCGGGAUCCAGGGCCUGACGUCGCUGGCGAGGAACUGCAUGCGCUUGCAGGUGCUGGAGCUGGACCACGUGGGCGAGGUCAACCAGGAGCUGGCAGCAGAGGUCUGCAGGGAGGGACUGAAGGGCCUAGAGAUGCUGGUGCUCACCUCCACCCCUGUGACUCCCAAAGCCCUGCUACACUUCAACAGUGUGUGCCGUAACCUCAAGUCCAUCGUGGUGCAGAUCGGGAUCGCGGAUUACUUUGAGGAUCCUAACAGUCCCGAGGCCGGGAAGCUGUUUGAGGAGAUGCUGGAGAAACUGCAGGCCUUAAAGAAGAGACCGGGCUUCUCGAAAAUCCUGCACGUGAAGGCAGAAGGUGUUUGCUAAUGCCCCCCCCCCCCCCCCCACCACCCCCCCUCGCCAUGGGGUGACCAGAGAAAAGAACCAGGUUUGCCUGACUGUCACAAUCUGAACAAGCCCAUUUUCCCACUUCCAACUGAAUCCAUAGCAGUAUCUGAGGAGGACUACAGACCAGAGGGGAACAGGGAAGUAGAAACAGCUGCUCUUUCGUUCACAUAAGCCAUGCAAAUUCCUCCUCAAAUCUUUUCCUGGAUACGUUUUUUUUUUUUCUUUCCCCCACGAUGCUUAGCAGCAGCGCUAUCGGUGGACCUCGGCCAGUGUGGACCGUAAGCUACAGUGGCCUGAGCCAGGGUUCGAGGGGUCGGGUCCUGAAGCAGAUGUGUGAUGAUUUUAAUGUGGGUUUCGCCUGUCAUGAGUCCAAAGCCGGUCCUGCUAAAACCAGACUUUUCUUUCACUGGCAUCCGCUGAGUCCACAGUAAGAGCUGCACUGUGUCGCUUGUGUCUUACAAAACAGAGAGCAACCAAACACUGAGUGACUGCUCUUUCUCUCCAGCAGAGAGGAAACGGAGAAAAGGAAUUCGGUGAUUUUUAACGAGGGGAAUAGUCGUAAAGCACAAUUUAGAAACGUGUGUUGAAACAGGGAAGAUCAGAGGGCUCAUUAAUAUCUGGGCAAAAAUAUUUCUGGGUCAUUUGUGAAUACAAUAAAGUAUUAAAACAGCACCAUCAGCCAGGAAUUCACAUGUUUCAAUUUCCUGGACCUGUAAUACAAUUUACAGUGCAUUAAGAGGCAUACAUUUUUCUGUAUCAAUGGACCUGCAGUAUAAAUUCCAGGAGUAUAGCCAGUAUAGUGUACAAACAAAUAUACAGGUCAGGGUGCCUGUCUACUCCUAGCUUGGUUUAAUAGCAUGUGCUACAACAUCUCUGGAUGGAGCCAUAAACCUUUUUUUAACCUUUUUUCCACAGGACAGGGAUAUUGAACCGUUUAUGUUUGAAGUUGAAAGCAAUCUGAUUGGGUCUUACUAUGGACAUUCCUGUAUUCUUCCGGUCCACUAUUUACAUGCAAGAGCAGAUGCUGUGCCAUAGGCUUAGAUGAGCUGAACUGUGGAAAAUGUGUCAAACAAUUUUUUUUGGUCUGAUCAUGUGACUUCUUGUUCAGGGGUGCUGCGCCAUUUCUUGACGCUGUUCACCGAUUCAGUUCUGAAACUGGUGGCCGCCAUCUUUGAAGCGUACAAUGGGAAGCCACAUAUCAUACAAGCUGGCUUCACUGCAUCUCUCUGCUAUUCUUCUACAUAUCUGUUCUUCAGUACUGUAUCUGUAAAUCAGUCAAACAUCGGUGCUCCUUUUGAGCUAAUUUUGCAAGCUCAUAUAUAGUAUAAACACAGGUCAGCCUUCAUUACACCUCAUGUCCACUCAAAGUGCUUUAUGUGCUGUGCAGAAGUACCAGUAGAGGGCGCUUCAGAUGACAGUGCAGAUCUAGUACUCUUCCAGGCCGCGUUGUAAACAAGCUGACAAUAAAAUAUAAUAAAAUAAAGAGAUGCAACCGUUCACACAUUCUGAGUGUCGCGCUCAGAGUUUGUGUGGAUAACCGCGUGGUCCUUACUAAGGUGAUGUGCAGUUAUGAUGGAUCACUCUUCUAGGGAUGCGCAAUAAUAUCGGGCUCAGAUCGUUAUCACCCAAGAACAGCAUGAGAUUCCGGCCGACAUGAUUGGCUGAUAUCCGCAUGCAUGUGCCAGAGAGGCGAUGCAUUUGAUGCAUUUUGAGUGAAAAUGUCGUGCUGAUAAAGGAGCAUAGUCAUGGUUACCUGAACCUCUAUAAUUUAUUUUUUAUUUUUACUGUGUGAUUUUUUUAUACUUGCCAAACUCGGGAGCAAAACUAUCCAUUUUAUGAAUGAAGGUUGUUGCAUUUUUUUUUUUUUGCAUCUCUGUGCUCAUCACGUUUCUACUUGUUCCAAGCUGUUUUAAUUUGUUCGAUAAUGUAAAACACGGAAGUCUUCAUCAGCCGGUACCAAUGAACUGUAUACAGUUCAGUCACCGGUACGGCCAGUUAUUGGUCUCUGAUAUCGGCCCCGGAAUUUCCAUACCGUGCACAGCUACAAGUUUCCAUAGCAGCAGAAGGGUUUGGUAAACGAACGCAUUACUGUGCAAUUGGCCAAGUGCAUUAUGGGGUGUGUAGUUCCUUACUCUCCAGUGAUACUGAAUACAUGAUGAGAUAUAGCUGUGGCUAUCUAAAAAGCGUAGAAGAGUCAGACACAGGGCCUGUUAAGGUAAUUAUUCAACAUGAUUUUGCAUGUGUCUGACGUUUUGAGACAAUCUGUCUUUUAAGACAUAAAACAGCUGUACAUAUGCUUAUUUCUAAGAUAAAAAAAACACCUCUAUUCAGUGUUGCCAUUUAAAAAAUGAAAAUCUCGGCCCUGGGAUUACUCCUAUUCCUGAGUUUGCCAGUGCAUUCCUAAGACUAGUGUGGAGCAUAUUUUAAAAUGGUAGUGUUAAAUUUGCUGUCAAGUGUAUUUUAAAUAUAUCCAAUAUAAAAUGAAACAAAAUCAUAAAAAAGAUAAAAGCUAUUUAACAGCAAAUUAUAAGGAUUAUUUGAAAUAUUUAUUUCUACAAGAGAUGUCUAUAUUGUUGGCAUGUUUCUAUGUUGGUAAGACAUUCAUCAUCGUGUUGCCCUAUAGCUGUACCGUAGUUCAAAUAAAUCUGUUUAGAGAUAAAUUGCUUUCAGAGGUGGUUUUGAAAUGUAAUAUUCUUAAUCUUUGGUUUUUGCACUUAAUGGAGAACAGUGAGUAUGUCUGGGUUUGUUUUCCAGAUUCUUCAGUGUUUUUGUUUCCAUGUGAGGCAUUUGAGAGCAACUUUUUUGGGCUUCUGCAGAUGUGCGCUUGUGGAUUCCGUGAAAUAUUGAAUAAACCCGACAUUAUUUGGUUUAUUCUGUCCCGAGUCCUUUGUUCCAAUGAUACUGGUAGCUUUGCCGAGCGAUUAUCACAUGAUGAACAGCUCCCCUUCGCUUAUAGGAGAGCCGAGACUAGCCGUGGCAGCUGUCAUUUAGAUCAUAUCCCCUGCUUGUCCUGGGAAAUAAAACUAUAGUCUUACUAGUAUGGACCUCCAGAGAAUAUCGUCACAUAAUAACCUAUAGGGGACCAAAUAUUGACAAUGCCUUACGUCCCCAUGUAGCUCAUUGUCAGCUAGGCUUAGAAUAGCCGGCCAUUCCCCUGUCCUGUUAUUAUUCAGAAUUAAGGGGAACAUGAUGUCCCUCUUGCUUCAGGGAAACUGGACUGUUUGCUGAAGUCUAGUUAUUCUUAAAAUAAUUAGAAAUAACUUUUUAACAGCACUGUAAUUGUUUGUAAUAAUUUGUAAUUGCAAUUGUGAUGCAAUGUUUUCAAGGGUUGAUGCAAGAGGCAGCCUUUGCUGAAGUUUGGCCAAACUGAAUCUUGCGUUUUUUUAAACACCCUUGUGUUUAAACAAUGUUAUUAUUUCUUUUGAGUGACAGCUGUGGAGGAUUUUAAUUGUGAACACUUCAGAAUGCAGGGGCCAAAGAAAACUGUGUGCCAUGCAAACGAGUCUUUCAGCUUUGGGUUUUCACUUACUGCAUGUUAACCUUAAAUGACCACUGCUUUCCUAUUCAACGGUUUCCAUUCUGCAUGGGAAAGUGAAUCAUUAUUUUACCAGACUGAGAACAGAUCCUGCCAAACAGCACUCCACAUGAGCGGGAACUAAUAGCAAAUGUGAAACGUCCAUUUGUUUUGUCUGCGUAGUAGGAACAGGAACCAUUUUUGAAAACUAGGUUCUUCUAGUUUCACACAGGAAGUAAGAACUAACACAGUGAACCUUGUGCAGUACCCUCCAAAUCAAAUGAAUUGCUCUGAAUAAAUCAAGUCUACUUAUGCACCAAAAAAUGAAAAAUAUUUGUACAGGAAAUGUUUUUUGUUUCUGACAAGACUUUUUUAAUAGUGAGUGUUUUUAAGCUGUGUUGGGUUAAGGGUUUUUCCUAUGCUUGUUAGACAGAUAAAGGAAGGCAUGUGCAUCACUAAGAAUGCCUCUCUUUGACACGGUUUUCUUAUUUUCAUGUAAUCUCUCAACCACUGGAUUGCUUUAAUCUGUAGUUCAUCCAGUGCAACAUGCUUAUUUUCCUGAAGGUGUAGUUGAACUUAUUUGCAGCAGUGACCUCUGACCCCAGCAGAAGGUCCAGAAAAUAGUUUAAUCGGAUUAGUCUUUCAUGUGCCUUUGUCCAGAUGGCUCAAUAAAUUAGCUCACUGUUAGAGUAAUAUAUAUAUAUAUUUAUUUAUAUACUGUGCUAGGUCAUCUUAUUGUCACUUUGAAGUUGUGUGCAUAGUGCUAAAGUAUUACUCCGUUGAAUAACACCACCUUGUAAAAUACUCUUGUGGGAAUACAUAUUCUUGAAGGAAAUUCGCCCUUACUUUACGGAGAGGUCUUGGGUUUUCUGCUUGUGCUCACGGUGAUGUGAAGAGAGUAUAUGUCACGGUGUAUUUGGAGAUAUAUUUCUGUGGAGGUUCUGGGGGGGGGGGGGGGGGCGGUGGGGGGAGUGUGCUUCAUCCAUUCUAAUAAAUCUCUCACAGACAAAAUUAGGACAAUGUGCCACUCCCUUCUUCUGACAAUGAAAAUCAUUCAGCCAAAUGAUUCAUCGAUCUUGAUGUGAAUCCACACAUCUAAAUCCCCAGGAACUACAUUCAACAUAAACAUGAUCAAAAGUGGUUAUUUCCAUUUAGGAUUGUCACUCAAGUAAGAUUUAUUACAGUUGCCUGCGACUUGCUUGCUUUUUGGGGGUUCGGUUCUGGUUUUUGUCAAAUUUGCCUUUUUGUUUCCCCUGUAAAACGUCUUUGUAACACUGUCUCUGUAAAAAAGCGCUAUACAAAUAAAACUGAACUGAGUAGA